AACCCAAUCACAAACAAAUUCAAAUCCAAAUACUCUGAAAAAAGAUUCUCUGUGCUCUCUCUUCUAUCCACAAUCCAACUUCACUCUCCACUCCAACUGUUUCCCAACACACACUCAUUUUUCCACCGCCACCAUCGGUUCAUGUAUACGGCGGAGCUAUUCGGCGUCUUCGCCAUGCUCGGCGGCGAUGCUACGCUGGCAAUAGCCGCUGCCACCAACAACAAGUGCUCAAAAAACGCAGCUUUCACGAUACCCACUUCCCAUAAAGCCGUGAAUGUGAAGUGGUGUAAGGCUUUGACACCUUGUCGUUGCACCGUUGACUCAACGUCCGUCGGCGGCGACGUUUUCUCGGUGACGCCGUCAAGCAAGUCUGACGUGGACUACCUUGGGCAGAGCACCAAAGGUGAUUUGAACGUCAAGUUGGAGCAUCUUGAGGCUUUUGGAAUUGAUGGUAAUGCCUCUUUAGAAGGUCCAAUUGAGGAAGUGGCCAGGGCAGAGGCUAGAGAAGCAGAAGGUUUGCUGAAGGACUUGGGCAUUCCGAGCCCUUCUUCAUCCAGAAAUUCACCUCGUGGAAUAUUCUGCAGUCGUACAUUGAAUCUGCGGUCAAUCAGCGCCAUUGGAUAUGACAUGGAUUACACCUUGAUCCAUUAUAAUGUGAUGGCUUGGGAAGGGCGGGCUUAUGACUACUGUAUGGAAAACCUUAGGAAUAUGGGUUUCCCUGUUGAUGGACUUGCAUUUGAUCCUGACCUGGUAAUUAGAGGCCUUGUCAUAGACAAAGAGAGAGGCAAUUUGGUUAAAGCUGAUCGAUUUGGUUACAUUAAAAGAGCCAUGCAUGGCACCAAAAUGUUAUCUACUCGAGCUGUGAGUGAGAUGUAUGGGAGAGAACUGGUGGAUCUGCGAAAGGAGAGUCACUGGGAGUUUCUCAAUACACUGUUCUCUGUGUCUGAAGCCGUGGCCUACAUGCAGAUGGUUGACAGAUUGGAUGAUGGGACUAUACCAGCAGAUCUUGGCCCCCUUGAUUAUAAAGGGCUUUAUAAGGCUGUUGGUAAAGCACUCUUCUGGGCACAUGUAGAAGGUCGCCUUAAGAGUGAGAUCAUGUCUAAGCCUGAACAGUUUGUGGAGCCUGAUCCAGAAUUACCUUUGGCACUUUUGGAUCAAAAGGAGGCUGGCAAAAAACUUCUGCUUAUUACCAACUCAGAUUAUCAUUACACAGACAAAAUGAUGCGGCAUUCUUUUAAUAGAUUCCUUCCCAAUGAUAUGGGUUGGCGAGAUCUAUUUGACAUUGUAAUUGUCUCAGCAAGAAAACCAGAGUUCUUUCAAAUGUCACACCCCAUGUAUGAAGUGGUUACAGGCGAGGGUCUGAUGCGUCCAUGCUUCAAGGCUCAAACUGGUGGUUUGUACUCAGGGGGAAGUGCACAGAUGGUUGAAAAUUCCCUAGGUAUCCAUGGAGAUGAGAUAUUGUAUGUUGGUGACCAUAUUUACACUGAUGUCAGUCAAUCCAAAGUCCAUUUGCGAUGGCGAACAGCAUUGAUUUGUCGAGAACUGGAAGAUGAGUACAGUGCCUUGAUUGGUGGCCGAACUUAUAGAGAAUCAUUGGUGGAGCUUAUAAAUCAAAAGGAGGUCGUAGGGGACCUCUUUAACCAACUUCGGCUGGCUCUGCAGAGACGCAGUAAUGAUCGUCCUGCUCAAACCCUUGCAGCAACUAAUAUGAAUGAUGAAGACCUCACUGAAAGCAUGCAGAAGCUACUUAUUGUUAUGCAAAGACUAGAUGACAAAAUUGCUCCUAUGCUAGAGGCAGAUGGGGAGCUCUUCAAUUCAAGGUGGGGUUUCCUAUCUCGUGCUGGACUGUGGGAUAAAAGCCACUUGAUGAGACAAAUUGAGAAAUAUGCUGAUAUUUACACGUCUAGGGUGUCAAAUUUUUUAUAUUAUACACCCUUCAUGUAUUUCCGCUCUCAGGAACAGAAUCUUGCUCACGACUCAUACACACAUUAUUGUGCACAACUGUAUAACGAGUAUUCUUCCUAGAGGAAAAUGGAGAAUAAGUUGAAGAAAUAAGAGACUCCUGUUGACAUUAUAAGCAGAUGUUCAUUGUGAUAGUAUAUAAUGCUCUGCAAUGAUGAUACGUUGUAUUAUUUGAACUGAUAUGGAGUCCAUGAAGGAACCUGUUAGCAUUUUUCCUUUGAGCAAGUGGUGUUUGACCCCUGGUUAUUGAACAGAGUCUCAAACAAAGGGGGGGCAAUGCUAGGGGUUUUGUUUCCAACUUGCUAGGAAAUUGGCAUGACCGAAUUCUAAUUCAGCAGCAUACAUGAUGUAACCAGAUUGACAAUAUGCCAAAACGUGGGAAAUCACUAUUCAAAAGUGUGUCCUGUUUUUCAUUUAAAGAAUUGUAUUUCUACUAUCAUGAGAGAUGUUUAUGCAGUUCCUUCUAUCAUUUAUCUGUUCUUCCCCUUGGGAGUAUGAAUGAUUAAACUUUAGGACUGGCAAUAAUUCAGAAAAUUUUAAUGU